AGUUAAAGAAUAAAAAAAAUUAUCCACUCAAAGUUGAAUCAAAAAAAAACAAAUCAUGAGCGGAAUUGCACGACUUUCCCCUUAUAAAAGAAAUAAAUAAAAAAAAAAAAUAAAUUGAUAGUGUUCUGGAGAUGAGAGAUCGAAGAGAGAGAGAGAGAGAGAGAUUGGGACAAAUAUUGUGUGAAAUCCGUAAUUUUUGGGCAAUUUCUUGAGCGACAGAUAAAUAUUGCGAUAUUAAAAUAUUUAUAUUUUUUAUGUUUGUUUAUGCAUUAACUGUGUACGAAAGCAUGUUUUCUUUUUUUUUCAUUUCAAAAUGAUCGAGUCUCCACUCGACCAUUUUUAAUUACUGUAAAUGAGGAAGUAAUGAAAAAAAAUCAAUUUAUCAAAACUUUUGUCAAGGAGAAAAAUUAUCACAGAAAAAAAAUGUUCGCUUGUCGGUUAUCUUUGAAGAAAAAAGAAAAAGAAAAACAAAUCAUGAUAAUAGUUGCAUCAUGUUUUUCCUUGGAAAUACAACAAGAAUAAAUAAAAAAGUUCUGUAAAUAAUAAAAAAGAAAAAAAAAUAGGUAAAAUGUUAGAUAAUUUUCUUGAUUUUUUUUUAAAUGCAUAAUUUUUAUGUUUGUAAUAACGUUUAAAAUGCAAAAGUGGCUGGAGAACAAGGCAGUAAAAAAUAAGAAUGGUAAAUUAUGUUGCUAAAUUGGGAGGAGUAAAUUGGUUACAACAAAAAAAAAAAUGAAAUACACAUUAAUACAUUCUACUUUAUAAGAAAUAAAAUUAAUUCCAAUAAAAUGGUUUGUUUUAUCACAAAAUAAGAGGAUAUUCAAUAAGAAGACACUGGAAACCUCUUAAUAUGGUGGUUUGUGUCUAGAAGAAUAUUCCAGUGGUUUUUAUGUUGAAAUUAUAGAUGGCACAGUAGGCACUGGAAGUAAUAUAUUUUUCUGGGUAUACAAAAAGAAUUAUGAUUUUGCAUUUUUCUCAGUUUUUUGCAUAUAUUAUUGCUUAAAAUUCCUUUCUAGUUUCAAUCUUAGGGAAUGCUUUAUCACGAUAAUAAAGUAAAUCUUUCAGUUUCUCAUUUUCAUACGACUCAAUUAAUAGGUUAUGUUUAGAACCUGCCCAGCCUAGAGGACGAAAUAAAAUAAUAAAAAAUGUUUCUCCUGAUCCUCAUCACAUGUAUCAGCUUUAUUCUAGCAUUUGCCCACAUAUUGACCAAGCCAGUGGUAAGCUGUAUUAACACGGAGUCCAAAGAAGAACUCCAGCUCAAGGCCACAAUAGCUAGUCACAGAAGAGAACUAAGGGGCAUAUCCAUGAGGGAUGACUACCCAAGCUAUGUGAGAAUUGAGCGAAAAAUCGUGGUGGCCGAAAAGAGGCUCAAUGAACUGGCUAUUCUCAAUAGCACCUCAAAAAUGGCAAUCAAAUUUGGGAUUCCGUAUGGAACUCAGGCUCUCCUGUCCAUUGUCCUUCUGGGCAUCUCCAUUUACUACCGCUACACCCCAGUGAUAAUCUUUGAGGAGAAAUUCGAUUUUAUGCCAUUUGGAGGAAUUAUGCGAGUACCAACUGGCAUUCCUGGCGCAAUCUCAGUUCCCUUCUGGAUAUUCGUGAGUAGCUUCAUGGGCAGAACACUAGCGGGAUACUUAAAGUCUUGAUGUCAAUAAAAUUGUGUCUAUUAAGAAAA